AUGUCUGACUACGAUGAAAGAGAUGAAACCGACAGGAGUGAAGACGAGGAGGAACGUGUGGAAAGCGAACACUUGGUCAGGUUAAGGAAGGCGAAAGGAUGGAUCAGAGACAAUGUCAGAAAGAAGCAGCUGACGGGAGAGGAAAGAAACAGGAAAGCGAAGCUCACAGAAGAAGAUGUGGAUCAAUUCUUUGAAAACUUUUCAGAUCUUGCCCAGGAAGGAAACCGAAACACACCGACCCUGCUCCAUGCGGUCUUCGACCUGGUGCAAUACGAUGACGAUGUCACCAUCGACUCUGUCACAGUCAAAACACUAGUGCAAAGACUGGUGAGCCAGUUUCCACUCCUGCUAUCCAUCGCCGAUGCUAGGCAGCAGAAUCCACUCUAUAUGGCGAUCACGAACAAGAAAAAGAUUCUGGCCGACUAUAUGGUAGUGAACUGUCCAGAAGAUGACAGUGCAAGGCAGCAUCUGGCCAACGCCAUCGAAGACUGUUGUGGCAACGAAAAGAAUAAGAAUUGUCUGCAUUUGGCUUUUGAGAAGGAUAUGAAGCCCAGCACCCUCUUGCGGAUGUUGAAAGACGCCCACAUUACGUCUCUAGAAGCCGUGGAUACCACAGGCAGGCGUCCAAUGCACUACGCAAUCCAAUACAAGCACUGUAAUGUCGAAGUCAUCAAUGCGUUCAUCGCAAAAGACAAUGAAACACUGAGAUCUCGGAGGCAGAUUUCGUCGUCUGAGCCAUAUAAAACCUUCCUGGACGUGGACGAAGAGUCAAAAACCUCUGUCUACCAGGAGCACGUCUCAUCUGCACUCAAGUGUGAAGAAGAGCGCAAUUCGAAAAGGAAGACCUUGGAUGACAGGAAGAAGAGAGAGGAUCCAUUGGCGAGGGGUGAGAACUGGGGCAAGGGGGCUUUAAGAGACGGGGACGAAGCGGCCAGAGUGCGCAACGCCGCGACGCAGAGCAAAUCUGAGUCCAUAACUAAUUCCAGAUUCGCGAUUCGAAUGGAUCAGUCAAAUUCUGUUGCUUCUCGCGACCCUAGGAAUUUACAAGAUCGGUCUGAAAGACUCAGAGAGCUAGAGCGAGAGCGAGAACUAUGGAAGGGCCACGAUGCUUCUCUGGCCGAUCUAGAGCACAAUCUAGAACUGAGGCACCCAGAAUUGAGAGAAAAGAGAAGAGCUGAACUCAGAACAAGAGAGCUUGGGCGAAAUUCCGCAGCUCGGGAGGUGAGCAGAGAUCGACAAAGCUUGGGCCCAGCGGACAGUCGAGACGCUCUUCGCGUCCAGACGACCUCCCUAUCUACGGGAAUGGUGAAGCCCAGCAAUGAAGUCGCGGCCAAUACUCCAAAGGUACUAAGACGGGCUCCGACAAUGAUUGGUGAGUUUACAGUUGAAAGGCCAGACAACAGGAUGGAGCAAGCAGCGGCGAUCACUAGGAAGUCCCGAAAGCCUAUCGACCAUGAAGCUGUGGAGCGUGUUUCAAAAGUUGUACUCCGGAUGCUUAAGUUGCAUUACAUGAGGACCAGAAGCGUUGAGAAAGCCACAUCGUGGUUGUAUAAAACAAACCCCACAGACAUACAAAUAUUCUUUGAUUAUCAAGAGCUUCCCCCAGAGGUGAAGGCGGACCUCUUCGAAAAAGCGUUUGAAAUGACCAAAUUCGAUGAGGUCCUGAAGUUUGUCCACUUCACAAAUGUGACAGUCACUCGUCCAAAAACGGCAAAUUCCAAAUCCCAGCGAGCAAAAGGUGGUCUUGGCCGGCAGGACAUGGAAUACUUUUUCAAAUUCCUUUAUAAAAAGGGAGUCCGUUAUAUUUUGAAGGUAGUCGUUGACGAAAGCGGACCGGUUGUCCAUUCAGACGAGGCAAUCAAGAACUCGUUGGCCAGAAUCUCGGUGGAGCACUUGGACUGGCGGAAAGCAGAUUUGGAUCCUGAAAUCAUUUGUGGCAUCAGUAGUCAAGCCGAGGACAGUACAUUUGACAAGACCAACAUUGAGUGGAACUCUAGGAAUCAAUUGAGGAAACUGGACUUGAAAUGGAGCGGGAAUAGUGCAGUCCUCCGAGCAUGGAGUGAGCCUCAAGGGUUACCGUCGAUCCCGCUUCUCGAGACCGUCAACAUCAAUGUUUCAGAGGACACCGUUAUGAUUCCACAAAAGGUGAUCAAUACACACGAGUGGCUCAAAUGCAUGGACGCGUUUGCACAAAUAAUAAAACCACUCUGGACAUCGACACGGGACGACUUUCUGAAGCAUAUAGGCGUUACCAGCCUAGAGCCCGACAAAGAAGGCGUUUCCAUACCGGUGACGCUUGCGGAACUCGAGAAUGAAGUCGUUGUAGCCCUAAUAGAUGACGGGGUCGCGUUGUUGGAUCAGCAUUUCGUUGGUCGCGUGCUCGAGGGCAAGACAUUUGACUAUCAGGAUGGUGGUGUCGGCCAGUCAUACAACUCAGCAAAGGGACACGGCACUGAGAUGGCGAGGUGCAUCCUCAGAGUGUGCCCGAUGGCUAAGAUCUACCCCAUCCGAUUGAAGACACUUGAGGAUGUUUCGGGGGCCGGAAAGAGUGAGAUAGACCUGGAAUCAGCUGCAUUGGCAAUUAAUGCUGCCCUGGAAAAGAAGGCCACCAUAAUAUCCAUGUCCUGGACAAUUCCCGUUCCCAAGGAGAACAGCCGAGCCAAAGAGAUGUUUGAGACUGCUGUGCGCAAUGCUUCUGACAAGAAUGUCCUCAUGUUCUGCAGCUCGCCAGACGAGGGUCAGUUCACCAGCGCCGACUACCCAGCAGCAGUGCAGCGUGACAAAAUAUUCCGAAUUGGUGCCGCCCACGAUGACGGUUUGCCUUUCAGCUAUGUGGGCAAGGAUGUGGAUUUCAUCUUCCCGGGUGUGAAAGUGAACACCAACGCUAUUAGCACAGCUACAGGAUCGAGUGUUGCAACGGCACUGGCCGCGGGGCUGGCCGCAACUAUCAUCUAUUGCUUCAAGAUUAGUGCGUUGGCCGUUAAGAUCCAAACCCACACCAAGGGCCAGGGCGAAGGUGAGAUGUUUGGGCCGAAGUUCACAGAGUCCACGGUAUGCAAUGUUUCAAAAUACACUGCAAUGAUGGCUGCGUUCGAAAACAUUGGGCGGGUCAAUGAGCAGCGGUUCAUUCAGGUAUGGGAUACGUUUCAGCCAGCAGCGCAGGAACUCGAGGAUCCUUACAAGCUAGAAGAUGACAAAGUGCGGUGCAUCAUGAAUCUCUGUACGAAACUGAUGAUUCACGAAGUCCGAUGA